GACAGGAAGCUCCUAGAUAGGCUGGGGUUUUUUGUUUUGGUUUGGCGUUUUGCUUGUUUGUUUGCUUGUUUUGGUAGUGGCCGCGGGAGUCCUGAAUGGAUCUAAUCUCGGGCUGGGGGAGCUCAGUGAGCCCGGUUCGCCUCAAAACCCACUUUGCCUCUCUUAAUCUGGGCAGAAUCUGGCUGACCAGUGGAAACUGAUGAUCUAGUCCAUCAGCAACAAUAGUGGAGAAUCCAGAAUGCAUGCCCUCCUCAUAACCGUCCUUGCAGUGCCACUUAUCCGGGGAGUUCCAGAUGCCCCCAUAGGACAAGAAUAUAAGGAUGAAGAAGGACUGGGAGAGGAUGAUUAUUAUCAGGUGGUCUAUUAUUACACAGUCACCCCCAAUUAUGAUGACUUCGGUGCAAAUUUCACUGUUGAUUACUCCAUGUUUGAAUCUGAGGACAGACAGAACAGGGUGGAUAAGAAGGUAAGGGAAGCAGCAGAGACUACCUUUAGUCAUGAAACAGAAGGUGCAGACCCUCAGAAGCCUGAAACACUGAAACCAAUGACAAUGGAACCACAGAGUCCAGAUCUGAACGAUGCUGUAUCCAGUCUGCAGAGUCCUGUUCCCCUCCUCCUGUCCUGGGCCCUCGUUCAGGGGGGGAUGUAUUUCAUGUAGAAGGAGAAAAAAGGCUGCUACAACUCUUUGGAUGGGGACUCGGGAAGAGGAAAUUGGAAGAUAAAUAAAUGAAAUAAUCUGGUUACUGU